CUUUUCAGAGGCAUUUUUGCGCUGAACACUUACUGCCCGGGAUGGCAGGUGUUCACCAUGGCGGUACUCCGGAAACCAGGUAAACCGUGCUAUGAGAUUCCAAAAGCUUACCGUCCGAUAGCCUUGCUCUGCACGAUACCCAAGGUACUAACAGUGAUUGUUGCAGAGAACAUCUCCCACAUGGUAGAA